UCUUCUUCUUCUUUAUUUCUCUUCUCUUCUUCUUCUUCCUCUUAUCACACAUAUGACACAACCCUCACCCCCAAAGGCCAAACCAAACAUGAAAACUUAAAACCCUCACAUCAUCACCAUUUCUUUACUUAAAACCAAACAUUGAACUCAGCCUAUCCAGUCGAGGUGAAAUCUUCUACCGUUUGGACCUUGCUUUUCUCUGUUGUCUUCUUCUAGUUCUAGGGUUUAAGUUCGCCUCUACAAGCCAUUAGGAUUUUUCUUUCUGAGGGCUGAGAUUCCCUGAAGAAAGGAGAAGAGAAAGAAAAUGAAGAUGAAAGUCAUAUCACGCUCCACAGAUGAGUUCACUCGAGAACGAAGCCAAGACAUGCAGUGGGUGUUUCCUAAUUUCUACCCCAGCCUACGAUCCCAAGAGAGAGCAGUCGAGUACGUCCGCUCUCUUAAUGCCGCCAAAUUGGACAAGAUUUUCGCAAGACCGUUUAUUGGAGCAAUGGAUGGGUAUAGAGAUUCCAUCAAAUGUAUGGCAAAGACCCCAAAUAUUAAUGAAAUUGCUGCAAAAGUUUCUAAGUUCUCAUCUCCCAUCUCUUUACAGAUACCUUCCAGUUUGUCAUUUCCUGGUCACCAAGGUGUUGUACAAGGUUUGACCUUGUUUGGUUUGGCCUUUGGAGUUCACAAGCUUACAUGGCAAUCAAUUCACCGUACAGAUUUGUUCCCUUUGGUAAAGUUCCUCGAGUACCUCACUGGAUUAAGGCCUAAACUUGAGAGCCUGCAUCGAAAACUAGAUGAGGUUUUUGAAGAUGUCAUUAAUGAACAUAAAGCUAGCAAGGGAACUGAAGGCGAAUCAGAUGAUCUAGUAGAUGUUAUUUUGAACCUUCAGGAGAAUGGAGACCUUGAAUUUCCUUUAACAACCGACAACAUCAAAGCAGUGGUAUUGGAUCUUUUCAUUGCUGGGAGUGAUGCAUCAUUCACAACACUAGAAUGGGCAAUGUCAGAAAUGCUGAAAAACCCAAGAGUUAUGCGGAAGGCUCAAGCAGAGGUGAGACAAGUUUUUCGAUAGGAAAGGGAAUGUUGAUAGUGAAGGGCUACAUGAAUUGGAGUACUUGAAACUUGUCAUCGGUGAAACAUUGAGAUUGCACCCUCCUCUUCCAUUGCUACUUCCAAGAGAAUGCUCACAGGGAUGCACAAUCAAUGGAUAUGAUAUACCAGUGAAGUCCAGAGUCAU